AUGGCUUCGUUCUCGGGUGGCGUGUCAAGUUCACGCUGUAACGGCCGAGGUAAGAGGAUCCAGACACGGCGGACAAAAUGCAAACUAACCCCAGAUCAGGAACGGACGGUCAAUGGGUAUUCAGAAGACUCCAUCCAGUUACAGGUCCUGGAGGACACGACCCAUGCAGACCGCCCGACCCAGCCCUCCGCCACGGUUUUCCGGAGAAACAGUUUUCUAGAAUACGAUCUGAUCGACCAUACAGACGGUUCAUAUCGUUACCCUUUUACCAAAAUAGACCUUUUUAUCACGGUGUGUUCUACUCUAUUUUUCCUGUAUGACUUUGUGUCGGACAUUGUACUUACUGAAGAGUACUUCAGACACGGACGUUACCUCGCAUUUUGGCUCACGGCUAGUUUUACUUUGGUGCCCGCGGUCAUAUCUAAUGGUUUAAGUGUACAAUGGUACUACCUCGACUACACCCGUGAAAAGGAACAACCGGAGAUCGUUAGGACGUCAUUGUGUACAUGGUUCUGUCGUGUAUUCUUCACGUUCCCUCUCAUGAUGGGACCAGCAGUGCGACAUGUGGAGUACAUCUACCAUGGAUGUAAAUCAUGGACCAGUGAAGUUGAUGAUGGCGACAAUAAGAAAACAAAAGACCAUCAUUACAAACAGAUGUUGUAUGAGGACAAUGAUGCCAGUUUGAUACGGAUGCUGGAAAGUUUUCUGGAGUCUGCACCUCAACUCAUCAUCCAGCUGUAUAUUAUACUGACAGAGGAAAAACAUGAAAGUCCUUUAUUUUUCACGAUGUACAUCCGCCCGGUGGCUAUGAUUGGGUCGUGGAUUGGUCUGUCCUGGUCUCUGGUGUCCUAUCACCGAGCUCUUCGUGCCAUGCAUUCUCAUGAGUCGAACACCGGUAGUAGCUUCAGUGACCUGUAUAAAAACAUUGGUGGAGCCAUUGGAUACUUUCUGUGGCGAGCCUGUGAGGUUGGACCUCGUGUCGUCAUUAUAGCACUCUUUGCCUCACAACUUGGGUACCUAGUUCUAAUUGCAGCAGGAGUACACUGGCUAUGUAUGUCCAUGUGGCUGUUUUUCCAGAAAACUGAAUUUUAUCAGAAUCGUCGUGAUGAGAUUAUAUUUAACAUUGUGAUAGGAUAUGUUUUGAUAUUUUGUUUUGUGAAUACCCGCGAUGGCCAUACAAGAUUUAGAGUCAUGAUUUACUAUUUCGUGUUUUAUUUUGAGAACUUUGCAAUGCUCUUGUCCUGGACAUACUUUACUCCUAACAAGAGUGACUGGUUCUACUUCCUGGCUAUUUCCGUGGUAACGUCUGGCUGUGUGUGUCAGAUCGUGUUCCAGAUAUUUUUUUACUUAUGCUGUCACCCAAAGAAAAUCAAGAUUUGUCUGAAUCCUUGUAAGGAUUUCCUAUUUUAUCGGUCUGUGUGUCACAACCUUGACGAGGCUGACCGAGUACCUCCUGCUUAUCUUUAG